UUUCUCUCAUCUACACAUAUACUACCAUUUAUACCUCUCUCCCAACUUCCAACAAAAAAAUACAUUGCCUUUCAUCAUUCUUUAUCUUUCUCUCUUUGCUCUCACAUUAUUAUUUUUGCUAAUUAACAACAAUGAUUAAUGGUAAAGACAUAUAUGAUGUUCUUGCAGCUAUUAUACCUUUAUAUGUUGCUAUGAUCUUAGCUUAUGGUUCUGUUAGGUGGUGGAAAAUCUUCACUCCUGAUCAAUGUUCAGGUAUUAACCGAUUCGUGGCGGUUUUCGCUGUUCCUCUUCUUGGUUUUCACUUCAUUUCAACUAAUGAUCCUUAUGCUAUGAAUUACCAUUUCAUUGCUGCUGAUUCCCUCCAGAAAGUUGUUAUCCUUUUCGCGCUUUUCAUAUGGCAUGUUUUUACUAAAAGAGGGAGUUUAGAAUGGAUGAUUACGCUUUUUUCGCUGUCAACUUUGCCAAACACUUUAGUCAUGGGAAUACCUUUGCUUAAAGCAAUGUAUGGUGAUUUCUCAGGGAAUCUCAUGGUUCAAAUUGUUGUAAUGCAAAGUGUUAUAUGGUAUACCCUUAUGUUAUUUAUGUUUGAAUAUAGAGGUGCUAAGUUACUCAUCGGGGAGCAAUUCCCUGAAACUGCUGCUUCGAUAACUUCAUUUAGGGUUGAAUCAGAUGUGGUUUCACUAAACGGGCGUGAACCAUUACAAGCUGAUGCUGAAAUUGGUGAAGAUGGGAAACUUCAUGUGGUUGUUAGGAGAUCUUCUGCAUCUUCAAUUAUAUCAUCUUAUAAUAAAGGAAUAUUGCAAUCGAAUAACAUGACUCCAAGAGCUUCGAAUCUAACUGGUGUUGAGAUUUAUUCAGUACAAUCAUCAAGAGAACCAACUCCAAGAGCGUCUAGUUUCAAUCAGACUGAUUUUUACGCCAUGUUUGCUAGCAAAACAGCUAGUCCGAAGCAUGGCUACACGAAUAGCUUUGGCGGAGAUGUGUUUUCUUUGCAAUCAUCUAAAGGGCCAACACCACGAACCUCGAAUUUUGAAGAGGAGAUGUCAAAGAUUGGAAGCAAUAAGAAGAACAGAGGAGGCAGGAGUAUGAGCGGGGAGCUAUACAACAGCGGUAGUGGAUUGGUACCGCCUUUGUAUCCACCUCCAAAUCCAAUGUUUGCAGGACAAAGGAAAAAGGAAGUAGGAAGUGGAAGUGGAAGCGGAGCACCAACGCCAGUGCCAGUACCAGUACCAAUGCAUAAUAAUAACAAUAACAGUAAAGAACUUCAUAUGUUUGUUUGGAGUUCAAGUGCAUCUCCAACAUCAGAAGGUAACAAUAAACAUGUAGUCAACAGAGGUGGUUCAACUGAAUUUGGAGUUGUGAAUGCAUCAAAGGCUGUUCUUCAACAAGAGAUAGCUGCAGCAAGAGAGAAUGCAGCAAAUGGAGAAAAAGAAAUAGAGAUUGAGGAUGGUUCGAAUAAGUAUGGAGGUUCGAAGAAAGUUGGUGGUGAUGAAAUGGAAGGAGUGAAGAAAAACAGGCAGAUGCCUCCUGCUAGUGUUAUGACAAGACUUAUUCUUAUUAUGGUAUGGAGGAAGUUGAUAAGAAAUCCAAACACCUAUUCAAGCUUGAUAGGACUCAUUUGGUCCCUCGUCUCAUUCAGGUGGAAUAUACAAAUGCCUUCCAUUGUUAAAGGUUCAAUCUCAAUUCUAUCAGAUGCUGGUCUUGGAAUGGCUAUGUUCAGUCUAGGUCUAUUCAUGGCUUUACAACCAAAGAUCAUAGCAUGUGGAAAAUCAGUUGCCACAUUUUCCAUGGCAGUUAGAUUCUUAACAGGACCUGCAGUUAUUGCAGCUACUUCUAUUGCUAUUGGCCUUCGUGGUGUAUUACUACAUGUUGCCAUCGUUCAGGCUGCUCUUCCUCAGGGCAUUGUUCCCUUUGUGUUUGCUAAAGAAUACAACGUCCACCCUGAUAUCCUUAGCACCGCGGUUAUAUUUGGAAUGUUAAUUGCUUUGCCAAUUACAAUACUGUAUUACGUACUUCUUGGGGUGUAGACAUCAUGGGAAAGAGAGACAGAUAAUAAGUUCAAUGGAUUCAACAUACAAUGGAAAGACAAUAGGAAACUACUAUGUGUUCCCUGCAUGUGACUUCUUAUAUACACAAAAAAAAAAAAAAAAAAAAAACUGAUCAAUUAAUUUAUUUUGAUUAUAUUCUUUCUCUUUAAUUUUGUAGUUUUAAUUUAUAGUUAGGUAGGAAGAAGAACGUAAGUGGUCAUCAAUAGAAGUACUAGAAAUAUUAUUGAUGUUGUAUUGUUACUUCAUUUAUGAAUGAAUAUCAAAGUUAUGCAGCUA